AUGUUGAUCGGUUUCCUACAGCAAAUAAACCUCCCAUUCCGCUCUGGCCCCACCACCCGAGAGGCUGCCGUCCACGCUUCCAACGCCCCUACCACUCCUCGCGCGGCCGCUACCUCUCGUUACGCCACCCCUCGUCCGGCGGACCCUCAAGCCCUGCCCUGCCGCCGAUGCGCACGCGCUCUACGCACCUGCUACGAGGCCGAGGGGCGCGGCUCCGCUUGCGCCGAGUGCGCUGCCCGCGGCCACCGUUGCCUGCCGCUGCCGUAUAUCGCCCUCAACGCCGCCCGCGGAUGGAUGGCAGACCGCUCCGCCGACAGCGGCUCCCUCCUUCGGGACGCCCUCUCCUUCGCCAACGCCGCCAAGCGCCUAUUAGCCUCUGGCCUCAUCGAACAAGAGUUUGCAGCCACCGUAGCCCAAGCCGCCCGCCCGGUUCCUCGCUUCGGCGCAGGUGGGGCGGCCUCUGCCGGCCCGCCCCCCUCUGCCGAUGCCGCCCUCCGCGGCGAGGUUUCGCGCCUAGAGGCGCGGAUCAGCGCGUUGGAGCGCUCCCCGCGCCCUGUUUGCCCCCCCGGAUCUCAUGUCGCUCGUGCUCUCCCAGAUGAGGAAGUGGAGACGUCGGAGUUUUCUCUGGGAGAGGGGGAGGAGGACGACGACGACUAG